AUGUCGCUUCUCGAACUCCCCACGGAAUUGCACUUGGAGGUCGCCAGCUACCUCAACGAUAAAUGUCUGAAACGUCUCAUCCAAGCUCAUAGCUUACUCCACGAGCGUCUCCAGAGACAGCUUCACAAGCGCGCAUUAUCCUGGGGUUCAGAGUAUUCCAAUUACGUCGAUUGGCGGAACGACGGACGUGACCUAUAUCUGCGCGCAGUACUCGGACAAGCAAUCGCGCGCAAACAUCAUAACCUCGUGGAGUACCUCUUGCGCUACGACGUCAGCGGGGUCAAUGAACACGGCGACUGGCCAGUCCUAGGAUGGGCAUUAGAGAAUGCUUCUGAAUGUCUCAUCAAUAAACUACUCAACUACGCGAUCGGUUUGGGAGAUAAACGCACGAUGACUCUCGAUAAGGUCACAGAUCACCUGAGAGAUUAUCUGCAACGUAUACCUAGCUACCCUAGAUUUGUAUAUGGACGAGAUUGCAACCAUGGAAGUACGUGUGCGUGUCAAUGGGGCGCCAACGAUUCCGUGCUUCAAGUGAUCAAAAACUUGCUCGAGCUUGGGGCAGAUCCUAUGGGCGGAGUAUCAAGUCCAUCGCGGAGGCUAGACGAAUUUAAUGGCGUUAUGACUAGGAAGCUCCCGCUCGCCUUUUACGCCUGGAAUAGUGCCAUCCUUAAGCUUCUUGUUGACGCGGGCGCGGAUAUUCACUGGGAAAGCCCGGCCAUGGGACUAUAUGGCUGGAUUAGUUGCCCCGAAAACUCUGGAUUCACCAUGCUCUGGAAGGCCUGUAGAGAACGUCUAUUCUCCCCAGGAGUUGCUCGGGAACUUCUGAGGCUUGGAGCAGAUCUGAACUGCCUCCGCUUUCCAACCAUCGAGAACGAAGACAUCAUAUCGCUCACAAAAGACCUCGAGGUUCGCAAUGACUACGGAAAGACGGCUUUGCAAGUUGCCAUUGCACAAGGCUCGCUCAGCUACUCUAGGCUUCUUAUUGAAGCUGGCGCAGACGUAACGGUAGAGGAUAGCAAUGGCAAAAAGCUGCUCGACCUCCCGUACAAAUACCCCGUCCAUCUGGGUAGAGGACAUUCGUCCCCGUACGCAAUGCUCAAUUGGGCGAAGGAAAUAUCUGAAGAAAUGCUACGUGGGAAAUAUUCUUUUCGCACAUGGGAACGCUCUCAAUUUCUCGCCACUUACGGAUCAGAGGACAAGAACGGUUGCUACACUCCAGAAGAAGACAAGGGCCCUGUGUGCAAGGGGCAAUAG